AUGGAAUUACAGCUUAAACUCUGCCUGCAGGUCAUUUUGUGGCUUUGUUAUGAGCAACUUCUGCAGGAUGUGGCUGCAGGCAUCAAUCCCACUUCUCAAAGAACUGGCUCCUCAGUGUUUGAUGCAAACCUGAUGUUUGAGUUCUUGCUGUAUGGUUUAGAGAUGGACCAGGACAACAACAUUGUCAUGCUUGAUAAGGAAAUGGCAUCAAUGAGGGCAGGGCGGGCUUUCCUGGCUCAGAUCAAUGACAACAUUCCCAGAAGUCUGAGCCCCAUGUUGCAGAUGGUGAACACACUCAAGGUUGAGAGGAGGAGGCCACUGACUCAGGCUCAGCUUGACAGUCUUGUCCUGAGCAUGUUGUACUCUGCCCACCAGGCCUGGCACCAGGAGAGAAAAGAGGAACAGGAGGCCUGGGGUGGAGUGCUGCUCCAGCUGGCAAAUGUCACCGUCCAUGACCUACGUGGAAAUUAUCUCUUCAGUUAUGCAUAAUAUAGAUGCCAUUCUGUAUGAAGAUGUGUGCAUUAAAUCAUUUAACUUAAAAUGC